AUGGGAAGAAUUUCGAAGUGCAACAGUGAGGGUCGGAACCCUAGUAACUGCAAAAGCCCGAACACGGUGGACUGUGGGCUGCAAAAGAACCUUUGUCACGAUUGCUGCAAUGGUAGCUAUGUGGGCGGCACCUAUUUGAUCCCGCCUGGAAUUUUCCCACUUGUCUGCUAUCCAGGUCGUCUUCAAUUAACUCCGUUUGCUGUGAUGUAUUCUCCUCCACAUUUUCUUUACUCACCUCCACAGGUGAUCAACUCCAUCGUUGGUGUCAAUCCGAACAGUGACAUCCAUCGGCCGAUGGUUUAUAAUCAUGAGCCGUAUUCCGGAUCCGUAACAGAAGUGUUCUACAGGCUGCAAGUUUCAAUGCCACUGAUAAGGAGCAGGGUAGCGAUCCAAAAUCGCCACCUCACUGAGUCAAUCAUUCCGAUAUUUUGGGAGGAUUCUCAUGCAGUUCUGCACGAUGACACCUAUCACAUGAUUUGGCUUGGUUUCGUUUUCGUGCCUAAACUGGUCGAUAUUAUCAAGUACUCCUUUGCGGUGCUGGCGCUGGCGUUGUUCUUAUUCGUUGCGAUGCGACACCUGCGAAGGAGACGAGGCCAAGUGGCCAAUGCUCAGAAGAACAGCGACCUAAAGCUAAUAUCUACGAACACAAUCGAUGAAUGA